CCAUCGCUUUUUCUCUGUGCGGUCGGUUUUGUGUCACGCGCACGCGACCACGUUCAGGCAGAAAGCGUUCGGAAGGCGAUUUUUUUUGUUUUUUGAGAAAAGACUCGGCGCGGGAGGUGAAGUCGAUCAGAGUCGGGAUCUGUGACGGCUCUUCAUGGCAGUCAGAAGGGGACACGUUAGAUACUUAAAAGAGGUGUACGAAAUGUCGAACGGUUAUGAAGAUCACAUGGUGGAGGAGGCGAAGGACGCCAAGACGAACCUGAUCGUAAACUAUUUGCCUCAGAACAUGUCUCAGGAGGAGCUGCGCAGUCUGUUCAGCAGCAUCGGCGAGGUGGAGAGCGCUAAGCUCAUUCGAGAUAAAGUUGCCGGCCACAGUUUAGGGUACGGCUUUGUUAACUAUGUAAACCCUAAUGAUGCAGAAAGAGCAAUCAGUACUCUGAAUGGCCUGAGGCUACAGUCUAAAACCAUCAAGGUGUCGUACGCACGGCCGAGCUCAGACUCCAUCAAAGACGCCAAUCUGUACAUCAGCGGCCUUCCUAAGAACAUGACGCAGAAGGACGUGGAGGACAUGUUUACACGCUACGGACGCAUCAUCAACUCGCGUGUGCUCGUCGAUCAGACUUCAGGUCUUUCCCGUGGGGUUGCUUUUAUACGCUUUGACAGGCGCUCUGAGGCAGAAGACGCCGUCAAAGAGCUGAAUGGACAGAAACCCGCCGGUGCAGCUGAACCCAUCACCGUCAAAUUUGCUGCGAAUCCUAAUCAGAUUAAAAACACACAGAUAAUCCCUCAGGUCUAUCAGACACAGUCUCGCCGUUUCGGAGGACCUGUACACCACCAGGCCCAGAGAUUCAGGUUCUCCCCAAUGGGUGUGGACCACAUGAGCGGUCUUUCGGGGGCGAACAUGGGCGGGAGCACACAGACCGGCUGGUGCAUCUUCAUCUAUAAUCUGGGUCCGGACGCAGAUGAGGGAAUCCUGUGGCAGAUGUUUGGUCCUUUUGGUGCCGUCACCAACGUCAAAGUGAUCCGAGACUUCAACACCAACAAGUGCAAAGGCUUCGGCUUCGUCACCAUGACCAACUACGAGGAGGCGGCCGUGGCUAUCGCUAGCCUCAACGGCUACAGACUGGGGGACAAGAUACUGCAGGUGUCUUUCAAAACCAGCAAGACACACAAGUAGAAGGACAUUGUGGAAAGCUGCUGUUUUAUAGUUUCAUUCAGUUCAUACAUGCCGCUCUUCACUCUGCUCACACACACACACACACCUCACGUCGCUACAUCACUGCACUCAUAACGACCAUCGUAAAGUCCAUCACUUUAAUAUUGUGUUGUAUCGUUGGACUGUUUAUUGCCACAUGCCCUGUGUGUUAUUCCACUUUACACCGUGUCCGUUGCCAUCUUUCUGCUCAUUAACACAAGAGGAUGUGAAGUAUACAAGAUGGUCAAUCUUUUUUUUUUUUUUUUUUUCUCUCUCCUUUGUAUCAUAAUUACACGUCGACUAGCUUAGCUUUGGUAGGAUUAGUUGUAUUAUUUUUUUCUUUGGUAAGUGUGUUUGAGAAGUUUUCACACUGCAUCACUAACACCCCCUUCCUCCCCCUCCUCUUUUUUUUUUCUUUUUUCUUAAUGUGCAUGACUGCCUGUUUUUUUGUUUUUGUUUGUUUUGUUUUUUUUUUGUUUUGUUGGAAUUGUCCAGUUUGUGUAAUUUUCAGUGCUUGAUAUAAGUAUUGUUAAACACACACACACACACACACACACACACACAGGUCACAGCUUGGUUGCUGUAUGGACGUCUGUAUCUAAUCAGAUAUGAACAGCUAUAUAAGGUCUGAAACCGUUCUGUUCCUGCUUAUAAUGACAAACAUGUUAAUGGAGCAGUGUGUGUGUGUGUGUGAUGUCUUUGCCUCUGCUGUGUCUAUAUGCAGAACUGCAUGGAAAUCAUUGGCCAGCAUGGGGGAGAGGGCGGAGCCUGAUUUUGUAUGGGCGGAGCUAAUUUCAGAAACAGGAAUCUAGAUUUAUGUAUUGUGAAAUAUUUCCUUCUUCUGUCUUGAUUGUACGAUGAACACUUUGACCACGGUUUAUUCCUGAAAUUCAGAAAUGUCUCACCGUCAAGUCUCUGCUCAUGAUUAUUAUUAUUAUGGGAUGUAUUAGACAUUCUCAGCAGUCACUGAUGUUGCAUCUGUACAGUGAUUCAACGUGUGACGCCUUAUCGUUUUAAAUCUAUUUUCCUCCAGUUUUUGAAUCCGUGGCACUUUUCCUGAUUGAGGCUGUUGUGUGUCGAGUGAAGUAAAAGUUGUUUGUUUAUUUAAGCGAUUCUUUAAGUUAAAAAAGAAUAAAUGAACUACAGAGCAAGUGAAAGUAAGAAGGACCAAAGAUGAGGAAAGUUCCCCUGGAAUAAUUACAAUAAAAUAGUUCCCCCAUUUCUUAUUUCAGCUUCAGGCUUUUUUUCCUCCUUUAUUUUCUGUUUUAUGUGGCUUUAGUUGUAUUAUUUUUAUUUUUUUUCUGUUUGACUCUAAUCACAAAUGGGCGUUUGAUAUAUUUUUUUUGUUUGUUUCUGUUUUGAGUGACAAUUCUGAUCAUUAAAUUUUAUUUUCAUUUGCUGAAUAUUUUGUUUCGUUUAUUUCUUAUUAGAUUUGGUUUCUUUGCUUUCUUUUUCACAUCAUAUUAGACAACCUUUUUAUUAUAGCCAAUAAAUUCCGUUAUAUUUGUUUUUGUCUCACCUACAUGGUGUAGAACUAGCUGCGAUUACAUUAACGUUUUAAGCAGAAGGACCAAGACACUUAAGUAUUUAUUGUAAUUCAUUUUUAUUGCGAAUGGUCUGAGAUCCGGAUCAGUGUCCGCAUUAAUUCAUGCACGAUGUCAAAUAUCAAGAACCACUAAAAGUCAGUUGCUUCUGCUUUGUAAUUACUGUGGCAAAUUAAUUCAUACAACUGCUUAUUACAUUAGUAUUUAAUUGCCAUGUGCACUUCAGGAAGCUGCUUAACGACAGCUAAUCUGUCCUGUUCAUGUGUUGGCACAUAGUAAUAACAGACGUGUCUUUUGAUGUGGCAACUUUAUGAUGAUUAACUGCAGUGAGAGUCUGAUGUUGAAUUCUUUCUAUGGUCAUUUCCUGGUUUCCCAAACCGUGAUUGGCUGAAGUCGAGCUGCUGAGUGUUGCAUUUAUUACGGUUUAUAACCCUAUCACAAUACUGUAGAUACUGUGGGAUCCUUAACAGUAGUUAGGUCAGAGAAACCAUGUUGCUAUGGUUACACAUCUCUCUUUCAUCUCUCUCUCGUGUCUGAUGUUGGACACUAGUGUUAAAGUCCUGCUCCACCCUCUUGGUGGUGAAUUCAUUGUUUUCGUGUGUGUGUGAGAGAGAGAGAGAGAGAACGUUAUAUUUAUUGUUGAACAUGAUUCAUGUCCUACAUGUACAGAUUUUUUUUUUAAUUGCCAUUUUUAGAUCUACAGUCAGACUGUAAUGUGGUUUUAUUUCAAAUAAAAUUCUAAGCAAAUUGAAA